GCGGUUCACGAUUAUCUAAUAUCGAUUAAAUCCGGCCUGACAGGUCUUUCAUGCGUACUGAAAGACACUGCUCAUGUAACGAAAUGGGAAAAACAACUAUUUACGUAGAAUUCAUAUUUAGUAAUGUUGUGGGCGCUAGCAUUGUACCCCAGUGAUCGCAAAAACGGCAGACUAACUCUGCCAUGCGAAACUCAAUCAACUAAGCGCAGCUCCCACAGAAAAACUAACGCAAAGACACAUGGAGGAGUCUCGGGACAUCUGACGGUCGGCCGAUGUACGGACAAACUGAUGACCGUGAUCAGCGACAAUAUCACGAGAAAUGCUGGGCUAAGUAACUUUCCCUGUGGUGGGUGAUUGAAUGAGAUCCCAGUUCUCAUACUUAGCACCCCAUCCAACUUGAUCUUCCAGUUAACCGCGGGAAACGCGGUCAGUGCUACUGGUGGCCGCAAACACAGGUUUCAUAUUAUAUUCCAGCACGUCGCUAAUAUUCCGAAAUCGCGAAUUAAUAGCUAUGCAUCGCAGGAUAAGGUGGGCUUGAGUAGCAUCAUUUCCGUGUGCGGUUUGUUAUUGGAAGGAAGUGCGUCGGUAACGUUGCUCGUUUGUAUUUGUGUCGUUCGUCCUUGAUUACGCUAGUAAGUACUUUAAGGGGGUCUGACAGGCUCAGAAAAACAGCAGCCUAUACGCCGAAGGUAACCCAGCCGCUCAAGCGAUAUUAACUGCUUGCAUUCACUUUCAGGGGAUGUCUGACCUGGAUGGAAUAUACCCUGUAUAUCUUUCUGUAAUUGUGGGACUAUUAAAAAGAAAAGCGUCAAUUGCCUGGGGCGACAAAUUUUAUUAUCGAAGAAAAAAAAUUAAAAGCUGUUCAUAUAAGCAGAUGGAUAGCCGGACGGCCACGAACACGCCCCCGCAGUCCGAGCAGCGCCGACCGCGUAGGAAGUGGGAAGUUUUCCCGGGAAAGAACCGCUUCUUCUGCGAUGGCCGGAUAAUUGUCGCAAGACAAAGCGGCGUCCUGCCCUUCACCCUUGGCCUGAUAAUCUUCACUAGCGGCCUCUUCUUUAUAUUCGACUGUCCCUUCUUGGUGGAGCACCUGACCAGCUUCAUUCCGGUGGUUGGGGGGGUCCUCUUCAUCUUUGUGGUGGUCUCCCUCCUGCAGACCAGCCUCACAGACCCUGGCAUCCUGCCCAGGGCGACGCUAGAUGAGGCAGCCGACAUCGAGAAGCAGAUCGAUGACUCCGGGUCGUCGGCUUAUCACCCUCCCCCACGCACCCGGGAGGUCGUCAUCAACGAUCAGGUGGUCAUGCUCAAGUACUGCUUCACCUGCAAGAUGUUCCGGCCCCCACGCACCUCCCACUGUGGCCUGUGUGACAACUGUGUGGAAAGGUUUGAUCAUCACUGUCCCUGGGUUGGCAACUGCGUGGGCAGGAGGAACUACCGCUUCUUCUACACCUUCAUCCUGUCUCUGUCCUUCUUGACUGCCUUCAUCCUCGGCGGUGUAAUUACACACCUUACGCUACGUUCUCAGGGAGGCAGGGGUCUCCUCUUCGCCCUGAAGAAAAGUCCAGCCAGUGUCCUGGAGUUGGUCGUGUGCUGCUUCUCUAUUUGGUCUAUUCUGGGCCUCACAGGCUUCCAUACCUACCUGCUGGCAUCUAACCUCACCACCAAUGAGGAUGCUAAGGGCCUGUGGUCUGGGAAGAGGUUGGCAGACUCUGCAAAUCCCUACAGCUAUAACAACAUGUGCACCAACUUCUGUGCGGUGUUGUGUGGACCCCUGCCCCCCAGCCUCAUUGACCGUAGAGGCUUCAUUCCAUAGAGGGAUGCCCUCCCCCCCCCACACCGCCUUCAUGCUCAGAGUGACCUCAACAGGGAAGACUUUCUGUCGUGAAGCUGCCACCUUAUGCCUUGAUUCCACAGCCACAUCAUCAUAGAAGGCGUGGUCUACCCAUAAAGUGUCCUGGGAGACCUGCUUUGGCCUGGUGCUGAUUUAGGCUGACUAAUGGUGAUCCUGGUGUCAGUCGGGUAUGUUGGUAUAUUAGUUAUGUUAUAAAUAACAAUGAUUUGUAACUUCCUACUGAACCGAUUUGACCUUGUCUUUUUGUGAUUGAAAUAUGGAGAUGGAAGCCGAAGCGAGACCCAACGUGUGCAGAAGCAGCUUCUUUAAUGUAUUGCGACCAGACGGUUGUCUGUUGCCUUCAAAAUGAGGAUUAAAUCCAGUCCUCUGAGUCAUGUAUGAAAGCAAACUGUGCUCUCAUUGGCUGAAUGCCUCGGGAGCAGAAGCGAUGGCUCUCGUGCGCGAUGACGUCUUUGGCCCGGAUACCCGUCAUUUAUAAUUGCUUUUUUACAUCCGUCAGCAGGAUGUGGCUGCCAGCCCCCUUAGGACAGUAAUUGUAUCUGAGCCUCUCAAAGUGCUCAAACACGAGAGGCCUUCCGAACUCGCCAUUCUCCCCUCGCUGAAUUUCUGUGUUGUGGAUUUGAAGCCAUCCUGUUUCCCUGGGUGUGAAGAUGCUGGAUGAGGCAUGACUUUGCAGCCUAAAAGGAUCUUCUCAAGUCUGGGCAGUGUAGCUUUGAGAGAUGGAGUCGUCUUUUAAUGUCUGGGCUCAUAAUUGUGGUAAUUACCUCAGUUUAUUGGGGCAAGACUCUGCUUGUCCAGUCAAACUCUGGCUGCCACACUGGAAUGAAGGAUUUUGUCUGGGACUGGCACCCAGUUCAUGGAAUCCAGUAAUUCCCCCCCC